AUUCUGAUCGGAAACAAACAGCAGCGCACGGACUUACUCUCUUUCCACGGACACUAUGGAGAACAUCACUUUCACGAGCGGGUUAAACUCUGAAAUGGACGCGAAUCAACCCUGGAGACCCUGGCUCAGCCAAACCAGUCGCAAAGCUCCAGAUUAUAAGCCUUAUAAAAGACCAGCCGAUGAUGAACAGCACAAGCUCUCCAUCUUCAAACACCCAGUCAAGUUGUUUUGGCCCAAAUCCCAGUGUUUCGAUUAUCUGUACGAGGACGCGGAGGUUCUUCUGAGAAACUACCCAGUCCAGGCCACAAUCUGCCUGUAUGAGGAUCCAGACACUGAGGACGAGGAGGAUUACAGUGAUGAAGAGGACGAGAAAGAGCUCAGAUGAACAGCUUCUCCGCCAAAGCAUUAUUUAUAGACUGAUCUCACUUUACGUCGCUCACACGUGUAAAUAAGUUGUGGAUAUGUACAUAAGACUGGACGCUGAAUGUAAAUGUACUUUAAAUUUAGGUAUUUAUCAUAAAUUAUUCUUUAUACUAAGUGUAACUUAUUGACUUGAAA